AUCAACAUAUUAUAGUCCCUCUCAGCUUUCUAUAGAGUGAGAGAGAGAUGGCAGCGGCGUCGUUUAGGUGGAUACUACAGACGCACAAGGACGUGCCAAAAGCUGCUCGGUUCUACUCGGAAGGCUUGGACUUCACCGUCGAUGUAUGUACUCUUCGCUGGGCUGAGCUUCAAUCCGGCCCACUCAAACUUGCCCUCAUGCAAUCCCCCAAUGAUCAUGUCAUGCAGAAGGGAAUGGGAUACUCUUCACUUCUGUCUUUCACAGUGAAGGACAUUAAUCAAACAAUGACAAAACUAAUGGCUUUGGGAGCUGAGCUAGAUGGCCCUAUCAAAUACGAAAUCCAUGGCAAGGUUGCAUCCGUGCGCUGUAUUGAUGGGCACAUGUUAGGCCUCUACGAACCCGCCUUGGAGCUCCAGAAGAAGUCCCUUAAAUGCAACUAGAUGAAAUAGUAGGCUGCUUGGA